ACUUCACCAAUUUGUGAGGCUUAUCAACUCACCAUAUUCCCUCACAAGCCAUUAGAUUGGACCCAGCAGAGGCCAAGGGAAUCAGCCCAAUUGAACAACUGGUCUUCAUUGUGUGCAUAUAUUCCUAUAUAAAGCCUCUUCAUCUCACUCUCUGGUAUUCACCAAUGUUCUAAAUUUGACCGUACUAAGAUAUGGCUCAGAUUUGUAAGCUCGAGACGCAGACGGGGAUCAAAUGCUCUCCGCAGAUGUUCUUUAACAUCUACAAGAACAAAAGCUGCCUGAUGCCCAUGAUCAGCCCUGACAAAUUUCAAAGCAUUGAGGUGCUGGAAGGAGAUGGAAAGAGCGUGGGCUCUAUCAGACUCUGGACUUAUGUCAUGGGUGGUCCUGUAAUUACGAAGGACAGGAUUGAUGCCAUAGACGAGAAGAAUAAUUCAAUCACCUAUGGGAUCAUUAGUGGAGAUGUCACAAAGUAUUACAGGAAUUUCAAGGCCACCCUGCAGGCUAUUUCAGAGGAUCAUGGUAAGAAUGUGGUGAAAUGGACUAUAGAGUAUGAGAAGGCAAAUGAAGAUGUUCCCACCCCAUAUUCUCAUCUUGAGUUUCUUGCAAAUGUUGCUAGUGAGAUAGAUGCUUACCUUCUCAAAGCAUAGCAACAAGUUUCAUUUUAAGUUACAUUUUUUUGUUCCAUCUGCACUGUAAAGUGCAAGAUGAAAUGCUGUUGAGGUACUGUGGUGUUGAUUAUGCAUUGGAAUUGUAAGGGCUUCAAGUUAUUAUGGAAUAUAAAAUCUCUCUCUCUC